GGGGGGGGGGGGGUCACCAUGAAGUGUGUAGCGUCAACCCGCAUACAGAACUGGUGAGAAUCGAUAUCUGGUGAGCGUUUGUGGUACCGAUUAAACGGGAAUAGGCCGAUUCAAAAGAAAUCUACAACCUUUGAUUCAUAUUCUUGGUUCUUUCGGUAAAGUCACGUUUAAGGGAAACAAUAAAAUAAUAAAAUAUAUAUAAAACAAUAAAAUUAUCACGUUUCGACUGCAACACAAGCAGUCAUCAUCAGGUGUGAAAACCAACGGCAAAGAAGCAUUUGAAAGUGGCGGUUUGAUUCCUUUGCUCGAUUUAAAUAAUCGAAUCUUGGCGCGCGAGCGUACGUUUUUAUUUCCACCGCGCGUUGGGUUUUAUUUAAAUUAAUGAGGUAAUGAUCUACGUUUUAUUUGUAUACGUUAUGUUUUUCAGCUUCAAGAAGUUUUUUUACAUUUAUUUUUUCCCCCGGGCAACGCCAGGUACUUCCCGCUAGUUAUUAAUAAAAAGCUGGUGAACAAAGUUAUGCUAUGUUUUCAGAACAAAUCCCAGCGUGUUCAAAACAAAACUCCCGAUCACUUCAAAAUAACCCCCCCAAUCUGUUCCGAGAAAAAGCUCAGACGGUUCAGAACACCACCUCCGCCUUGUGCUUGAGAACAGAAACUGCACUUAGCUCAGAGGCUUGCAUCAGCACCGCGGUGCCCGCCGGGAGCGCGGAUUCCACCAAUCAGAGGUGAGAGAGAACGCGGGACUGCGGGCUGCAUGCACGCUUCAUUCACCCCGUGGAAUAAUUUACCGUUGUUAAUUUAACACAAAUAAAUUUAACAGCUCCAUCAGCGCCGCCAAGAAAACAGCAGUACGUUCCGGGAUCUCUUUUAAACAAUACCUGAUGGACAUGGAGGGGUUCGGUGAACUACUGCAGCAGGCCGAGCAACUGGCAGCUGAAAUCGAGGGAGUGUCAGAACUGCCUCAAGUGGAGCGCAAUCUGCAGGAGAUCCAGCUCGCCGGGGAGCGGCUCCGCUCGCGAACUCUCACUCGCACCUCCCACGAUGCCGCCGACGUAAAGGCGUCUAUUUUAUUGGGCUCCAAGGGCCUGGACAUCUCAAACAUUUCCCAUCGCCUUGAGAGCCUGAGCGCAGUUACCACCUUUGAGCCCCUGGAACCUGUGCGGGACACUGACAUACAGGGAUUUUUGAAGAAUGAAAGGGAUAAUUCUUUGUUCUCGGCUAUUGAGGAGUCCAGAAGGAGGACCUUUGCUCAGGCUGAGAAGUACCACUGGGAUAACAUGCUGGUGGAGUGGGAGCAGGAGAAGCAGCGAAUACUGAACACUUUGCUGGGAUCUGAGGAGGACAUGUUCGAUCUUGCUCCAGAGGCAGAGCUGAGCAUUCUCACGGACACCGCCCCUCCAGGCCGCAGCUCCAUGGACAGCACUGAGAUAGCCUAUGCACGCCAGGUGUACGUCUACAAUGAAAAGAUUGUGCAGGCACAGAUCCGUCCCAGCUUGGUGGAAAUGUUUGGCGGCGUAGCUGAGAAACUGGACGACAAGAAUGUGAUAGAGCUGUGGUCGAUGGUUCAGCACAUGACUGAUGUGCUUCUGGUGCCAGCAAAGGACACUUUAUCAUGUCGUGUUAACAAGGACAUGCAGUCUGCUUUCGUCCGGCAAGCCCUGCUGUACCUGGAGCAAAGCUACAAGAACUAUGUGAUGACGACGGUGUACGGGAACCUGCAACAGGCAAAGCUGGGCGGAGUGCCGGGGACCCUUCAGCUCAUCCACAGCUUCAUUAACAUCAAGUUGCCUCCUCAUCUUCCAGGCCUUCAGGACGGGGAGGUUGAUUCUCAUCCCGUGUGGGCCGUGCUUUACUAUUGCCUGCGCUGCGGCGAUGUCACAGCUGCCCUCUCAGUGGCCAACCGCUCACAGCACCAACUCGGCGAGUUUGUGGGCUGGCUACAAGAGUACGCCCAGAGCCAAGACCGAAUGCUUUCCCCAACCUCGGCGAACCGCUUGCGCACGCAUUACCGGCGCGCGGUCAGGAACGGUACGGACCCGUACAAGCGUGCUGUGCACUGCCUGAUUGGCCGCUGUGACGUCACAGACUUCCACGGGGACGUUGCUGAGAAAACGGAAGACUUUUUGUGGCUGCGGCUUCACCAGGUGAGCUUCGAGGAGGAGGCUGGACUGGGGACACAAGACCGCAUAUCACUGCCGCAGCUACAGACACAGCUUUUAGAGGAGUAUGGGGAAACACACUUCUCGGCCGGCCAGCAACCCUUCCUUUACUUCCAGGUGCUCUUCCUGACGGCACAGUUUGAGGCGGCCGUGGCAUUUCUCUUCCGCGUGGAGCGUCUGCGGGCACACGCCGUGCACGUGGCGCUCGCCCUCCACGAGCUGAAGUUGCUGCUCCAGCCGCCGCUGCAGGCGGCACAAUUGUUGAGCAGAGAGCCCAACGAUCCUGGUCCCGUGCGGCGUCUUAACCUGGUGAGGCUGCUGAUGCUCUACACGAGGAAGUUUGAGGCGACUGACCCACGGGAAGCACUUCAGUACUUCUACUUCCUGCGUGCGGAGAAGGAUGGACAAGGAGAGAACAUGUUCAUGCGAUGUGUGGGAGAGCUGGUGAUAGAGACGCGGGAGUUUGACAUGCUGCUUGGGAGGCUUGAGAGGGAUGGAACCAGGAGGCCAGGCGUGAUCGACAAGUUUUCUCAGGACACGAGGGGCAUCAUUUGCUCGGUGGCAGCUGUGGCUGAGAGCAAGGGCCUGUUUGAGGAGGCUGUCAAGAUGUACGACCUGGCAGAGAAAGCUGACAAGGUGCUUGGGCUGAUGAACCAGCUCCUGAGCCCCGUGGUGUCAACCCAGGGUGCCCUGCACUCCAACCGCGAUCGACUCAAAACCAUGGCGCUCGGCAUUGCGGAGAGGUAUCGAACUCUGCAUAUCAGCACGGACAAGAGGAUCGGUGCAACUUUCUAUUUGCUGCUGGACCUCAUGACCUUCUUUGAGGAGUACCACGCGGGCCAGGUGGACAGAGCCAUGAAUGUAAUGGAGCGGUUGAAGUUGGUGCCUCUUGACCCAGACAGUAUUGACGAGAGACAAGCUGCGUUUCGGAACUUCUCAGACGAGGUGCGCAACAGCCUGCCGGAUGUGCUGCUCGCCACAAUGAACAUCCUCCUUACCAAGUACCGCCGGGCCAAGGCGGUUGGGGGUGGCACCCCGGCCAGGCCACAGAGGACCGCCGACGACAUGGACGCACUGCGAAGGCAAGCGCAGGUGCUGCUCAUGUUCUCGGGCGUCGUUCCGUACCGCAUGGUUGGUGAUACCAACGCGCGCCUGGUGCAGAUGGAGUCUCUCAUGAACUGACCGCUCCUGCUGGCCAAGCAGGGGGAUUGCAGUGCGGAGUGGUGUUGUGGGCUUUGCCCAGUCAGUGAUCAUCAAAAUAUGCGACCAUACACGUUGGUUGUGGAGUUACUAAAAGGAGGACGAUGUGUUCUGCGCACAAUAGGUGCUUAAAAAAUUUACAAGGCAUAAUGUGUUUUUGUUAUAUUUUGUGUUACUUUUUAUGACGUUGCUGACCAAAAGUGUACUUUCAAUUAUAAUAAAAAUGGAACCCAUAAAGGGGUGAAUACAAUGUG